CGGGGCAUCUCACCAGCACUCACCCCGCCGUGUUCUCGGGGCCUAAAGCAACAGGAUACAGUCCAAGCGGAGGAGUGCAGGACGCAGCCGGAAAGAUAAAGUCAUUCCAUGUUAUCCAAAGCCAUGGGGUUCACACGCCUUGCUGUGAUGCUUUCGGUCACUAUGAUCCACCUAGUUUCAGGUAUGAGCUUUAUGACUCCUGAGCCUGAUACACCGCCAACAUUAACGCCAGACACUAACCCUCUGGGUGACCUGGUCCAUGCUGCCCUGCAGAGCAAGAAACACUUAGGAGAAGCUUCUGCGAGCACAGGUACCACCACCAACCCGACACAGGCCGUGCCUGGGCUUGGGCUGACGGAGUCAACAGCAACAGUCAUAUCACCGGGCCUGCUCACCACGGCUGUAAGCUCCUCUUCUGCAGCCAGUCAGAAAGGAUCUAGGAAUACCAUGUCCUCGCUGCCCAUAGAGGAGGAGACGACCACCACCCUGAUCACCACGACCACCAUAACCACAAUGCACAUGCCAGUACAAUGCAAUGCCACCUUGUCAACAAUGGAGGAUGUUGUCGAGUCACCAGAUCCCGCAUCGUCGUCCUCAUCUUUUCCCCCUCUGGAAUGCACCUACAGCAUAACUGUGUAUGCAGGCUAUGGUGUGGAAAUUCAGGUGAGGAAAGUGAAUCUUUCUAAGAAAGAGACUCUGACCAUCAUGGGGCAUGGAGGUUCUGGACCAGAGCUCUUGGCCAAUGAGACCCUGAUGAGAGAGGGUCAGGUGAUUCGCAGUACAACCAAUCAGGUGUACAUUCACUAUCGCAGUCUCCAACAGAACAACCACGGCGUGUUCAGCCUCCACUACCAAGCCUUUCUGCUGUCUUGCUCGUUCCCCAUGUCUCCUGAGGGCGGUGGAGUGACGGUGACAGACAUCCAUCCUGGAGGUCUGGCACACUUCCACUGCGAUCCGGGUUUCCAGGUUCGCGGUCACGAGGUGGCUACUUGUGUCAACACAACACAACCACACUGGAGCACCACGGAGCCACAAUGUGUCGCUGUUUCUUGUGGAGGAUGGAUCCGUAAUGCAACAGUUGGCCGGAUACUGUCUCCACUUCCUCCCACUGUCAGCAACCACAGUAAUGGAAAUAACCUGAGCUGUCACUGGUUGCUAGAAACCAAAGAGGGCCACAGACUCCACCUACACUUUGAGAGGAUUGCACUGGAUGAAGAUGACAAGUUAAUUGUGCGCAGUGGAAACAGUUCCCUGUCUUCGCCGCUCUUCGACUCGGACCUGGAUGACGUCCCUGAACGAGGGUUGCUGAGUGAGAGCUCAACGCUGUACUUGGAGCUCACAGCUGAUUCCUCCGCCAUCCCUCUGCUGCUGGCGCUGCGAUACGAGGCUUUUGAUGAUGAACACUGCUGGGAGCCUUACAUGCCUCAUGGGAAUUUCAGCAGCAGUGACAUCACAUAUCAGCUGGGCACCACAGUUAGCUUCACCUGCUCUCCAGGCUUUGUCAUGGAGCAAGGCUCUGGGUCGAUUGAGUGUGUCGACCCCAGCAAUCCCCACUGGAACGACAGCGAGCCCAUGUGCAAAGCUCUGUGCGGAGGGGAGUUGACGGAGCCGUCUGGUACCAUCCUGUCUCCUGAUUGGCCCCAGAGCUACUCCAAGGGACUUGACUGUGUGUGGCAGAUCCAUGGCAAUGAAGAGAGACGCAUUGAACUGGAUGUCCAGAUUUUAAAUAUCCGCCACACUGAUGUGCUGACCCUUUUUGACGGCCGUGAUCUCAUGGCCCAUGUGAUGGGACAAUACCUGGGGUCCAAAGAGCGGUUCCAGGUCGUGUCUGGGGGCUCCGAAGUCACCAUUCAGUUCCAGAGUGAUCCGGAUGACUCCAGUUUCAUCCUGAGUCAGGGGUUCCUCAUUCAUUAUCGUGAGGUGGAGCCGAACGACACCUGCCCCACUCUCCCUCAAAUUGACUUUGGCUGGAUCAGCUCGUCCCACUCCUCCCCGGUGAGAGGCAGUGUGCUGACCUAUCAGUGCCAACCGGGAUAUGACAUCAGUGGCUCUGACAUCGUCACUUGCCAGUGGGACCUCUCCUGGAGCAGCAGUCCGCCUACAUGUGUCAAAGUGCAGCAGUGUCCUGACCCGGGCGAGGUGGUGAACGGAGCGCGCUCCGUGCGCCCCGAAGCAGGCUUUGCAGUUGGAACCGUCGUCCGUUUCUCUUGUAACCAGGGUUACCAACUGGAAGGUCCCAGCCAAAUCUCCUGCCACGGACGCGACACCGGCACCCCCAAGUGGAGCGACCGCAGCCCAAAGUGUGUCUUGAAAUAUGACCCGUGCCCAAACCCCGGUGUCCCGGACAACGGUUACCAAACCUUGUACAAGCACAGCUACCAGGCGGGAGAAACUCUGCGUUUCUUCUGCUAUGAGGGCUACGAACUUAUCGGCGAGGUCAUCAUCAGCUGCGUUCCCGGCCAUCCCUCUCAGUGGAACAGCCCGCCGCCAUUUUGCAAAGUGGCAUAUGAUGAUCUUUUGGAUGACCACAAAUUAGAAGUGUCCCAGUCAUUCGAGCCGUCCCAUCAGAUCCUGAGUGAGAACAUUGCUUUGGCAAUAAUUCUGCCAAUCAUCCUGGUCAUCCUCCUGAUUGGAGGAAUUUACAUGUACUAUACAAACAUAUGCAGACUAGAAUGGAAGCCACUCUUCUGGAAGUCUCUCUCUCACACACACUCCUACAGUCCCAUUACGGUCGAGUCCGACUUCAACAACCCUCUUUAUGAGGCAGGGGAUACGCGGGAGUAUGAAGUGUCCAUUUAAAGGAGAAAGUGCCUGGGUGAGAAUUGAAAACCAGAUUAAGAUUCAAUCUACGGGAAGACAAAUUCUUUCGUAUGCUAAGGCCUCACUCCCCAUUUAUCAUUCAUUUAUAUGUAUCUUUCUAUUUUUCCAUCACUGUAUUUUUAGUUAAUGAAUUUGUGGAAGUGCUUUAGAUUUGUUGCACUGAUAUAGUGUUCUGCCAAACGUGGUCCUACUUCACGGUCCAAUUCUCUGUAUCGCUAUGACUGGUGCCUUAUGAUGGGUAAGAAAUUGAAAAAAAAAGUACAACUAACAAUGUGAGAGGAAGAUGAGCAGAAGAGGUGAAAAGGGUGAAGGGAAAUUGAUUGAUUAAUUUGUUUUAAUUAAAUCAUUAUGAGGCCAAAGUAGUCGAGAACUUGGCAAUACUUAAGUCAUGAGCGUACUCACUGAAUGUUUUUCUGUCAUUUUUAGAGUGGUUCAUGUUACAUUUUACGAAGUUAAGGUUGAAAUAGGGGGAAAUACUUUAAUUUCAAUCAUAAAAAAAGAUGUUUAAAAUACAACAGUUAUUUUUUCUCUUUCCUCACUUGGUCUCUCUCUCUCUCUGUGUGAAAUACACACACACACACAAAUUGAAUGUAAAUAUCUGACUUAAUAUUGCUUGAGGUUGAUAUAUAUACUAAAUGAUAUAUAAAACCCUCAUAUAUACAAUUAUACAUGGUGGUGGGAGGUUAUAUAUUUUCAUUAUAUAUGUAAUGAAAAUUCAGUGCCAAAAUAUAAUGUAAAAUAAUUGAAUGUUCCUACGUGUUUCAUCUGUUGUUGCAAUACUGUUUACAAAGGCAGUUCAUUUUAUUCUUCGCUGUUUCUGGAGUGCAUUGUCACCCAGUGUCACAUGACAUAUAAGGAAGAGGUGAAGACAUGAAUGUCAUUAUGCUUAGAGCAUGCACUGAUUGUAAAUGAUAUUGCUUCUGCUCAAUCUUGCAAUUAUCAUUAUAGUUAUUGACAGUUAUCAUUGUUAUCAGAUUUGAUGUUGUAUGCACUAUGUUGAUGAAAAAUAACAAACUUAGCUGCUUGCUGUGAUGCAUUAUGUAUUUAUUUACAACUGAUUGUUUCAACAGUGAAUAGUCUCAUUCUCUGUGCCAAAUGAAGGAUCCGGGAGACUGUUGCUUUGUAGCUUUAAUUAUUCUCUUAUCAUCAGUAGCAUUCAUUUGCUUCAUAUAUGAAUACACUCUUUUGAAGGCAGUACAGUAAUUGCUGAAUUGGAAAUAAAGUUUCUGUUGAAUGGUGUAAAACUUGUAGAAAUUAGCAAUAUUUUUUUCUGAAUAACAAUGCUAUACCUACAUCUGUACGCACACGCAACAUGCACUGUAUUGAUACAUAUACAACUCGUCCAAUGGAGAGAAAAAUAAUCACAGUGGGAAAGUGAUUUUAUCUUUGAGAGAUACUUUCGAACUUUGGCUUAUUGCUAUUUUCUUCAUGUAUAACAGACAAGGAAAAGAAAUAAAAAUACACAGUGGAUCUUUUUUUUAAACCCAAUAUUUUAGGGUUCACACACUCAAUUAUUAAAUUUUUAAAUGAAAAUGUAGCCAUGAUAAUGUUUGUGUAUCUUUAUUCCACCUAGAUUGUUUGAGUUUGGUUACUUUAUUUUAUACUUACCAGAAGUGUUAGCAUGACAUUGACAAACAUUGAAACUUGAAUUGUUAUUGAUUUUGAAAACCAUUGUUGAUACCACUAAAAAAGUAAUGAUAGAUCAGAGUAGAGAUACCUGUGUUAUUCCCCCUGAAGAAUGUGGAGUUGUUGUAUCUGCAGUGACCAAUAAAGGAUAGUGAACAUGA